GCUCCGCCCCCUUUUCCUAUGGAGGAUUUAUUUAUUCGCUCCUCCGUCUCCUCCGCCGCUGCUCUGUUCUUUAGCGCCGCCGAGACGAAGCGAAACGCGACGACAGGAGGCCGAGCGGAAGAGCCCCGACCGCCGCGGAGGAGCGAAGGAUGAGAGCCGCCGGCGGGCCGGAGAGCCGAGCGGAGCCGCGGCCGCUGCACGCCGGAGGAGGCGACAUGAGCUCGGCAUAAACAGGCGCCAAGACGCCGCUGCGCCCCGUCGCGGCUCAGUCAGGAUGUCUGGAGCGGCCGGACCCGCACCGCCCUCCGGGGCCGGGCCGGAGCUGCCGGACCUGAGCCACCUGACCGAGGAGGAGCGGCGCAUCAUCCUCUCAGUGAUGGAGCGACAGAAGAAGGAGGAGGAGAAGGAGCAGAGCAUGCUAAAGAAGUUACAUCAACAGUUUGAAAUGUACAAAGACCAGGUGAAGAAGCUGGGGGAGGAGCCUCCCGCAGCUCAGACGGCGAGGGCGGAGUCUCCCACUUGCGGCAUUUGUCACAAAACCAAGUUCGCCGACGGCUGCGGCCGAGCCUGCUGCUACUGUCAGAGUCGCUUCUGCGCCCGCUGCGGUGGGCGUGUCCCUCUGAGAGCCAAUAAGGUGAUGUGGGUGUGCAACGUGUGCAGGAAGCAGCAGGAGAUACUCACUCGAUCAGGGGGGUUUUAUUCCAGUGCAUCGCCUCCACACCUGCCCCUUCAGGGGCUCCCUGGAGCCAUGGGGCCUCUGAGUAAUGGAGCCACAGAUCAGAGGCGGAGCCCCUUGGGUUCGUACUACGAUGGUGGCGGUGGCAGGAUGCCUCGCUCGCCUUCUGAUCACGGUCUGGAUCGCCGAAAUCGAUCGCUGCACAGUCACCAUGGUAACGGGGAGGCAGAGCCACGAGUCCAAAGACGGCCAAUCAAAGACGGUCGAGGCCGCUGGCACUCGCAGGACCACCCCUUUGAUCCGGUUCUGGUCGAUAGGGAGCAGAGACGGAGACAGGAAGAGGAGUUUCAGGCUCGUUACCGUAGCGACCCAAAUCUGGCCCGUUACCCAGUGAAGCCGCAGCCAAGUGAAGAGACCAUGAGGAUGUUGGCUCAAGUCGGCAGAGUCCGUCACCAGCGUCGCCAUAGUGACGUCUCCCUGGCAAUUGCCGAACCUGAACACCUUAACAUGCGACACCCAGCUGUCCGUCAGAAUCGACCUCAGGGACUGCUCGGAUCUGGAGGUCAGAGGUCGUUCUCUGUCGACAGAGCAGCCAAUCACAUCAGCCCCACGUCUCCACGCCGCAGCCCAUUGCCACAUCAACACCUGGACCCAAGCUCCGCCCUCAAGAGGAAGCCUGCCAAUGACAGCAUGGCACCGAGGGGGAGGAUGAUAGGGAAAAUGCACGUGAUCGGUAGCUUCAGCAGCUCCGAGGAGGAGCUUUUGACCACGCCCGAGUACACCAGCUGCGAUGAGCCCGACCGAGACAUGGAGAGCCAGUGGUGGGAUCAUGGCUGGCAUGGCGAGCCGGCACCAAUGUCUAUGCAGCCGGUCACAUGGCAACCGUCCAAAGAUGGAGAGCGUCUGAUUGGUCGGAUCGUGCUGAACAAAAGGAUGAAGGACGGGACGGUUCCUGCAGACACAGGAGCCCUGCUGGGACUGAAGGUUGUCGGGGGAAAGAUGACGGAGUCAGGCCGUUUAUGUGCAUUUAUCACCAAAGUGAAGAAAGGAAGUCUGGCAGACACCGUAGGACAUCUGAGACCUGGGGAUCAGGUUCUUGAGUGGAAUGGUCGGGUUCUGCAGGGUGCCACAUUCAACGAGGUCUACAACAUCAUCAUGGAAUCUAAACCAGAGCCACAGGUGGAGCUGGUGGUCUGCAGACCAAUUAGAGACGUUUCGAGAGCAGCUGAUGGUUCCAGUGUUCACCUGGAUUCCAGUUCCAGUUCCUUCGACUCUCAGAAAGUGGGUCCGGCCAUCUCUGUCACUUCUCCGUUGAGCCCCAGCGUUUUAUCUGGACAGGUCUCUACAAACAGACACCCUGUGGUUCCCAGAAUCCAGAUAAAGCUGUGGUAUGAUAAAGUUGGUCAUCAGCUGAUCGUCACUGUCCUUGGCGCCAAAGAACUUACUGUUCGGGAUGAUGGCCGACCUCGAAACCCCUACGUCAAGAUCUACUUCCUGCCAGACAGAAGUGAUAAAAGUAAGCGUCGGACAAAGACGGUGAAGAAGUCGCUGGAACCUCGUUGGAAUCAGACCUUCAUGUAUUCCCCGGUGCACCGGCGUGAGUUCAGAGAACGGAUGUUGGAGCUAACGGUGUGGGACCAGGCCAGGGUCCGGGAGGAGGAGAGCCAGUUUUUAGGAGAGGUCCUGAUCGAGCUGGAGUCAGCGCUGCUGGAUGACCAGCCUCACUGGUACAAACUGCAGCUUCAUGACGUUUCCUCGCUGCCGCUGCCAAACGCCUCCCCGUACCUGCAGAGGAGGGGGCUGCAGGCUGACCCCUCCCAGAGGAGGCUUCAGAACAAAGGUCCUUAUUGUAACUCAGGAUCCCAGAGGAUCAGCGACAGCGAGUUUUCAGAUUAUGACUGUGAAGACGGCAUCGGGGUGGUCUCAGAUUACAGGCAAAAUGGGCGGGACUUCCACAGCUCCACCCUCUCAGUACCAGAACAGGUGAUGUCAUCCAAUCACUGCUCUCGAUCUGAGAUGGUCAGGAGGUCACGAUCGCCAAGCCAACCUCCUCCUCAAAGCGGUAACCCUUUGUAUCCGUUGUACCGGGAGGAUGCCGUGCGGCUCCUACGAGGCUCCAAAUUGAGCCGAGCGUACUCUGAUGCCGCUCAGUACAGCAGCCUGGACAGGCAACAACUGAGGAGAAUGUCUGUAGGCAACUCUCUUGAUUCUUAUGACAGAUCUUUUAAUGGCCCACACCUCACCUGGACAAACCAUACAAUGAAUGGGAAUUGUGAGGACUACAGCGAGGACUUCAUCCCUGACUUUCCGUAUGAGCCCGAGGCUUACGAUGAGGAAAUGUUGAGGUACAGUCGUGGGAUGGACCGGAGGGAUUACUACAGUCGCUCCCGUUCCGCGGACCAUCGCGCAAUGGCGGACCGACCCAUCUACACGCGGUCACACUCGACUGACCGCGCUGACUCCCCUUACCUGAGGUCUGGUCGCUCCGCCCCUCCCUCACCUGCCCUGAUCAGAGCAAAUGCUCGAGGUGGCUCCUCCCUCACGAGCCCGACAGGAACGGCGGUCUGCACUCGCCGAGGACGCCAGCUGCCCGUUGUUCCGCCAAAAGGAGUUCUUGACAGAAAUGGAGAACCCUCUGACUCUAUACAGACAGGAGCACCGUCAACAACCUUACCCCCACCCACAUCACAUCACGAGGUCCCUCUCCCGAUCCAUAAACAGACCCCUACUCUAGCCAAUCAUCAAACACCUCCUCUUAUACGAAUCCAGGGAUCUCGUCCUCUGUCUGCCCUAACCCAUCUACCUCCUGCACCUGCACCUGCAACUGCACCUACACCUGCACCUAUGCUUGCACCUGGACCUUCACCUGCACCUGGACCCAUAUUUGCACCCUCUGUUGCAACCACCCAUACACAUGUGCCUGCAUCUGGACCUGGACCUGCAUUUGCACCCUCACAUGCACAUGCACAUGCACCUGCACCUACACGUGCACCUGUGCCUGUACCUGGACCCACACUUGCACCCGUGCUUACAAGUUCAGCUGGACCCACACCUGCACCUGGACCUACACCCAGGCCCACAUCUGCACCCACUUUCACCCCAGCACCUGUUCCUGCACCUGCAGCCACCCCAACACCUGCCCCUGCCCCACCCUCUGGGCCAACAUCUCCCCCCACUCAGGCCCCGCCACCUGCUCCAGUUCAUCCACCACCUCCUGUCAUUCCACUACAACGACCUCCUGAACCCCUAGCACCUGCUCCAACACAUGCCCCAACACCUAGUCCUGCUCCUUCACCAGCCCCCUCUCCAGCACCACCCCCUCAGACUCCAGAUCCAGAGAGACGCUCAGCGACACCUGGAGGCACCAGAAAAGAGGUCACAUGGGAGGACCAGCAGAAGAAAACACCUAAUGGAGAUGUGUUACCGGCCAGCAGAGAAGGUGUGAUGAAGGACCCCACAAAGAUGAGGGACAGCCUGUCCUUUAAGUCAUCAGAUAGUGACGUCAGCGAUGUCUCUGCCAUGUCCAAUGUCUCUGAAACACGAUCCGUCCGCAGGAUGAGUAAGAUGGAACCUGUGGAGGUUCAGUCAGUGGACUUGGGUGCGGGAUCAGAGGGGACACAGGAAGUAGUAGGAGCAGCAGCAAGCGAAGCGAUGCUUCUGAAGAGCGAAUCGGUGGAGGAGGGACAGGAGGAGGAGCCUGAGACUUCAAAGGCAGCAUCAAACUCCGGCGCUCCUCUCACCAAGUCGUCGAGUGUCGGUGGGGAGAUCUGCUCGUUGGGAAGAAAUGACGACGACGAUGACGACAAGAAGCGACGCUCGAGCUUUGGCGCAAGAAUGAUGGGAAUGGUUGGACUGGGGAAAAAGAGUCAGAGUGCCUCCCAGCUCAAUCCGGAGGAGGAAGAGAAAAAGAAGAAGGCCAUCAGACUUCCUGUCCAGAGAAGUGUAGAAACUGGUUUGGCCGUUGAGUUUAAAUCUCGGUUCACGCGUCAACCGAGCCGAGAUCCAGAUGCCGAGGAUCCCAAACCCGGAGCUCUCAUAUUUCCAGGAGUCAAACUGGCGUCAGACAAACAGUUCACUGGUUUCCUGGAGGGACUAGGCCCUGGUCAGCUGGCUGGACGGCAGACGUUAGCUACACCCCCCAUGGGUGACAUCCAGAUCGGGAUGGUGUACAGGAAGGAGCGUUUGGACGUGGAGGUUAUUCGAGCGCGAGGACUCGUUGGUAAACAGGGCAACAAAAACACUCCAGCUCCCUAUGUGAAAGUCUAUUUGAUGGACAACGGGAAAUGUGUGUUAAAGAGACGAACUCGUCUGGCGAGAAAAACUCUUGAUCCUCUUUAUCAGCAACAGCUGCAGUUUGAAGAAAACCCUGAAGGAAAAGUGCUGCAGAUCAUUGUCUGGGGUGACUACGGACGAAUGGACCAUAAAUCCUUCAUGGGCGCUGCUCAGAUCCUCUUGGACGAUUUGGACCUGUCCAACAUGGUGAUUGGCUGGUUUAAACUGUUUCCUGCCACCUCACUGGUGGACCCAGCCCUGGCUCCGCUAACUAAUAAGGAGACAGAAGGCAGCAAGUCCUAGCAUCGGGAGACGGGAUCGACUGUGUCGUCUCAGAAAGGGGCCAAGAGCGAGCAGGAGGGGACACACACACACACAAAAAAAA